AUGAAAAUGGAUGCUGAGCUUCUUCUCCCUGUAGUUGGUCUGGCAGAGGAGGAGGAGGUGGACAUGACUGACUGGAACCUUCCGCUGGCCUUCAUGAAGAAACGCCACACAGAGAAAAUUGAGGGAUCCAAAGCUUUGGCUCAGAUGAGAAUGAAAGACAGGAUGAAAACAGUCAGUGUGGCUCUAGUUUUAUGUCUCAAUGUUGGCGUGGACCCUCCUGAUGUAGUCAAGACUUCACCCUGCGCCAGACUAGAAUGCUGGAUAGAUCCUCUGUCCAUGAGUCCACAAAAAGCCCUUGAGACAAUAGGGGCCAAUCUACAAAAACAGUAUGAAAACUGGCAGCCCAGGGCCCGCUAUAAGCAGAGUUUGGAUCCUACAGUUGAUGAGGUGAAGAAGUUGUGUACUUCACUGCGGAGAAAUGCCAAAGAGGAACGUGUUCUCUUCCAUUAUAAUGGCCAUGGAGUGCCUCGACCCACUGUCAAUGGAGAGAUCUGGGUCUUUAACAAGAACUACACACAGUACAUCCCUCUUUCCAUCUACGACCUACAGACAUGGAUGGGAAGUCCUUCCAUCUUCGUGUAUGACUGCUCCAAUGCAGGGAUCAUUGUCAAGUCAUUUAAACAGUUUGCAUUGCAGAGGGAGCAGGAGCUGGAGGUGGCAGCAAUAAACCCUAACCACCCACUGGCUCAGAUGCCCCUGCCUCCCUCUAUGAAGAACUGCAUUCAGUUGGCUGCCUGUGAGGCCAAUGAACUUCUGCCCAUGAACCCUGACCUCCCUGCUGACCUUUUCACCUCCUGUCUCACAACACCAAUCAAAAUUGCUCUACGCUGGUUCUGUAUGCAGAAGAGUGUGCUGGUCCCAGGAGUGACCUUGGACCUAAUUGAGAAGAUCCCGGGUAGGCUGAAUGACAGAAGGACACCAUUAGGGGAGCUGAACUGGAUUUUCACAGCUAUCACUGACACAAUUGCGUGGAACGUCCUGCCAAGAGAUCUCUUUCAGAAAUUGUUUCGUCAAGAUCUUUUGGUGGCCAGUCUAUUUCGAAAUUUCUUAUUGGCUGAGAGAAUAAUGAGGUCAUAUAACUGUACACCAGUCAGCAGCCCCAGGUUGCCACCCACAUACAUGCACGCUAUGUGGCAAGCGUGGGACCUUGCUGUGGACAUCUGCCUCUCCCAGCUUCCCACCAUCAUCGAGGAAGGCACAGCUUUCAGGCAUAGUCCAUUCUUUGCUGAGCAACUGACGGCCUUUCAGGUGUGGCUGACGAUGGGCGUUGAGAACAGAAACCCACCGGAGCAGCUGCCCAUCGUCCUGCAGGUCCUCUUAAGCCAGGUACACAGACUAAGCGCUGGAUUUGUUGGGCGAUUUCUGGACCUGGGCCCUUGGGCAGUAAGUUUGGCUCUUUCGGUGGGGAUUUUUCCAUAUGUCUUGAAACUGUUGCAGAGUUCAGCAAGAGAGCUCAGGCCUCUUUUGGUCUUCAUAUGGGCAAAGAUCUUGGCCGUGGAUAGUUCAUGCCAGGCUGAUCUUGUAAAAGACAAUGGACACAAGUACUUCCUUUCAGUGCUGGCUGACCCGUACAUGCCCGCUGAGCAUCGAACCAUGGCAGUCUUCAUCCUUGCUGUCAUUGUCAACAACUACAACACAGGACAGGAGGCCUGUCUGCAGGGUAACCUGAUUGCAAUCUGUCUGGAGCAGCUCAAUGACCCUCAUCCUCUUCUGAGGCAGUGGGUGGCAAUCUGUUUGGGACGAAUCUGGCAGAAUUUUGAUUCUGCACGCUGGUGCGGAGUUCGAGACAGUGCCCAUGAGAAGCUCUACAGUCUUCUGUCUGAUCCUAUACCAGAGGUGCGGUGUGCAGCUGUGUUUGCAUUGGGUACAUUUGUGGGGAAUUCUGCUGAGAGAACCGAUCAUUCUACCACCAUUGAUCAUAAUGUGGCCAUGAUGCUAGCACAGCUCAUUAAUGAUGGAAGUCCCAUUGUGAGAAAGGAGCUGGUUGUUGCUCUUAGUCACCUGGUCGUACAGUAUGAGAGUAAUUUCUGUACGGUGGCUCUGCAGUUCAUAGAGGAAGAGAAAAACUAUGCCGUACCCUCCCCUGCAAAUUCCACAGAGACAGGAAACGUUACCCCAGGUAGGGACAGUCCUGCCAUCCCUCGGUUACGAUCGGUGAACUCUUAUACAAACCUAAGAGCUGCCACCACUGCUCGAACCCUCAAUAAGAGUCUUCAGAACCUCAAUCUCAAUGAGGAGGGUGGUCCAGCAGCCUUCUCUCCAGGGAACCUGAGCACCAGCAGCAGUGCCAGCAGUACUCUGGGCAGCCCUGAUAAUGAUGAAUACCUCCUCUCCUUUGAAACCAUUGACAAGAUGAGGAGAGUCAGCUCAUAUUCUUCCUUGAAUUCUCUCAUUGGAGUGUCUUUUAACAGUGUAUAUACUCAGAUUUGGAGGGUGCUACUGCAUCUUGCAGCUGAUCCAUUUCCAGAUGUCUCUGAUCUGGCCAUGAAGGUUCUCAACAGCAUCGCAUACAAGGCCACCAUGAAUGCUCGUACACAGAGGAUUCUGGACUCAGGAUCUCUAACCCAAUCAGCACCUGCCAGCCCCACCAGCAAAGGAACACUCAUACAUCAAGCAGGUGCUUCCCACAGAUCCAAACGCUCUUCAUCUCCCUCCAGCGGAUCUCCACCUAUGCCUGGUGCCUCCAGCUCCAGCCUCACCAAUGAAGUGCCCAAACCACCAGUCCGAGAGGGGCCACCCUCUCGCCCACCGUACACACCAACUCUGGGAGGUCAGGCGCCCCACUCGCAGCAGUUCCCACGCACCAGGAAGAUGUUUGACAAGGGCCCUGAUCAGACUGCUGAAGAUGGAGAUGAGACCGCUCACAGGAGCUUCGUCAGUGUAAGUCUGCAGACGGGUCUUUGUGACUGGAGUGCCAAAUACUUCGCUCAGCCCGUCAUGAAGAUUCCAGAGGAGCAUGAUUCGGAGAGUCAGGUUCGUAAGGAAAGAGAGUGGAGAUUCUUACGCAAUGCACGAGUACGCAGACAAAGCCAACGCAUCACUCAAAGAGGAGUGACACGGUUAGAUGAUCAGAUCUUCAUCAACAGAAACCCAGGUGUUCCAUCAGUGGUAAAGUUUCAUCCGUUUAACCCCUGCAUCGCUGUAGCUGAUAAAGACUCAAUCUGUUUUUGGGACUGGGAGAAAGGAGAGAGGUUGGAUUAUUUCUACAAUGGGAACCCACGAUACACACGUAUUACAGCCAUGGAGUACCUUAACGGACAUGACUGCUCUCUUCUCCUCACUGCUACUGAUGAUGGAGCUUUGCGAAUUUGGAAGAACUUUGCUGACCAGAGAAAUCCCGAGAUGGUCACAGCGUGGCAGGGGCUGUCGGACAUGCUGCCCACUACACGAGGUUUGGCCCGGCGGGUCUCAAUCUAUCUUGACAGAAGUAAGCAGGGAGGUAUGGUGGUGAUCGGGAGCAGGAGACCGGCCUUCGAUGACGCCAGGAUGUUAGAGUCGCAUUUAUUUCGGGACAGGAUUUCCCCUGUCCUACAGGUCACCUUCCUCUUCAAGGCAUCAGUUAGACAGAGUGAACUACACAACACGAAGUGCAAACUGGUGACUAAAUAUCGUGAUCAGAUUAAGUGA